AUGUUAGAAUCAUCAUCAUCAUCAAAUUCUGGGGUUGCAAAAGUAUCAGAUCUACCAGGUAGCAUAUUGAUCAACAUCUUUGGAAGAUUACCUCUAAAAACGGUAAUCAAUUGCAAGUUUGUUUGCAAAUCAUGGCGAUCUUUAAUCUCGGAUUCUUAUUUCUACCAAGUAUAUUCUCAUCAUAUUCCAACAACUGUAUUCUUUGAAGUUAAAGAAAUGUCAUCUUCGCUGCUAAAUCUGAAAGAAAUUUCUGUAAUCGAUCGGCAAAGUUGUGGCAUUGCUAAGAUGCAGCUUACAACGAAUUCUCGUGAUCAUGUAGUUGAUAUUCGAAAUAUGAACAUUCAACUCGGAAAUGGGUGUAAUGGGUUGAUCUGUUUGAGGGGGGUGAAAACCGGGGAGCCCAGUUUGAUUUGGAAUCCAAUCACCCGUCAGGUGAUUGUCGUCCCGAAACCCGCCACCACAGCAGAUGAUAAUAACGUGGUGGCGGGUUUCGGGCUCUGCGGGCAUACCAAUCGGUAUAAAGUGCUCCGCAUCUUUCACAAGAAAAGAGACCCGCCUUCAAGAUGGCGGGUCGAGAUAUAUGAUCUUGGAACAGGGAAUAAAUGGAGAGAAAUUGGGGAUGCCCCAUUUCCUAUCCCCUCAACAAUUCCCGGCUUUUUCAUCAAUAAUACACUUCAUUGGAAUUUGGACAAAAAUAAUAAACGAAAUGAUCAUGUUAAUGCUAACAAUAAUAAUAGUCUAAUUUGUGGAUUUGACUUUAUAGAGGAGAAUUUCAAGGCGAUUAAAGCACCACCAAUAUUUUCAUCACACAAGAAAAACAAGUAUCAUUGGUCAAAUUUGGGGAUCAUAGGUAAUUUCCUUUCAAUAUGUGCGAUUGAUGCAAAGGCAUUUAGGCCGGAUAUACAAGUUUGGGUGAUGGAGAAAUACGGCGUGCCAGAAUCAUGGGCUCUAAGGUUCUCGAUUAGGGACUUUUUCAUCGAUUGGUGCAACCCGUACCGGAGUAUUCAAGUGAUCAAUAUUCGUGACAAUGAUGAGAUACUAAUGUUGUGUGCUAAUCACUUUGUCAAACUUUAUAAUCUCCGGGAGAGGCGGUUUCGGACAGUCGAGAUUUUCGACUUUCCGGUCAUUGCUCAUGUGCCUAGCUUUGUCUCCUUGAAGGAUGUCUUCAGGGAGCACCCAUGGGGAUCGGGCUAG